CGCUCGUCGAGUAGGUGACAAAGAAUUGCGCCAAAAAUUUGGCGUGAAAAUAUUUCAUAAACAUUUCAAUUGAAAAAUAUAAAUAAAUUCCUAGACAAUAUAAAAUGCAAACUGCCAAACGUGUCCUGACGCCCAGUAAGCAGCAGAAUGGCACCUCGCCCGAGUCCACAGCAAAGAAAUUCAAACAGCAGUUGGAACUGAAAGAUGAAUUGGAAAAUUUUCAAUGGGACAACGAUGAGGAUUUUGAGGAUUUGGAUGCUGUGACAGUGGCCCACAAAUUGGACCUGAGUCGAUGGCAACGUUGUGUGAUCCAAGAAGUUGAGCGGCAAACCAAAACACAUGAAUUGCGGCUAAUAGUGCGUCAAACUGUUGCCGAAGAUCACGAUAAGGAGGAGGUUAAGGAGGCGGCGGCAACAGCUGUUUGUCAUCUCCAAACGCCUUGGAAUCAAACGGCGCUAUCGACCGGUGAUCUAAUCUCAUUGCAAGGUCAAUGGCAGCCUUCAUUGGGUGCUUAUGUCAUCAAUCAGGAUCAUGGAUAUUGUGUCAUUCAUCCAGAUUUACUGAUAUCAGGCACGACGGUUACGGGUUCGUUAUUCUGCCGCCGGAAGGCAGUGCUCCAGGAACGUUUCCGUGGCCUAGAUGCGGGCAAUGCUGUGAUGGUUAUUGGUACACUGGUUCAUGAAUUGCUCGAAAAGGUUCUUAGCCAAAAACUCUACAACGCUGACCAAAUUCAAAAGGCACUUGAAAAUAUGUUUAGCAGUCCAUCACUUACCUCCAUGCUCUAUGCGGGUCGCUUAAGUCUUGGCGACUUGGAGCAACAGCUCCAUCAAUAUGUUGAACCCAUUUUGGCCUUUGUCCAACAGUAUAUGAAGGGUAUACAGCCGUCUGUGAUGCCACAUAACACAUUCCGGGGACGGAUUGAGCAAAUUCAUGAUAUUGAAGAGAAUCUCUGGGUGCCCCAAUUGGGGCUUAAGGGCAAAGUAGAUGUAUCUGUUAGAUUGGCCAAACAGAAGCAGCCCAUUCCCCUGGAGUUAAAGACUGGCCGUGCCAGCUUUUCAAUGGAACACAAGGGACAACUAAUGCUCUAUCAAAUGAUGCAAUCGGCACAAGGUCGGGAAACUAAAACUGGACUGCUUCUUUAUCUGCGCGAGGGUCUCAUGCAGGAGAUACGCGGCGAACGAAAGGAUCAGCGUAGUCUGAUUUGGUUACGCAAUGAGUUGGCUCACUAUCUGACCCGGCAAGUUCAAUUUCCCGAAGAUGGCAAUGAACACUCCGCCUCGUCGGUGUUCCAACUGCCGGAACCCAUCUAUCAUCACAAAGCCUGCGAGAAUUGUGCAUACAAUACAAUUUGUUGUAGUUUUGCCCAACGAGAGGCUUCCCAACUUCAACUGGCUGAGGAUCAUCCACUGAGUGUCCUUAUGCCAAAGGUAUUGGGACAUCUUACCGAGGCCGAUCAAUCGUAUGUUAUGCAUUGGUGUGGCCUUUUGGGCCUGGAGGAGCAACAUUCACGGCAAUCCAUUCAGGUGAAUGCUCUGUGGACAAUGAGUAGCCUUAAGAGACAGAAACAGGGUCGAGCCAUCGAUCAUUUGAAGCUUGUGCCGGAUCAGAAAGUCAUCUACGAGGAGGGUCGUUAUAGCCAGUCCUUGGCAUUACUUGACCAUAAGGAUGCUAUAUUAGAUUUAACACUGAGUGGGUUCGAUGUGGGUGAAUAUGUGAUUGUUAGUUGCCAUUCUCGACUGGCCAUUGCGGCGGGUCACAUCAUCUCAUUAACUAGUCACCGUUUGACCCUUCAGCUGGAGCGUGAUCUUAGUCAGCUUUAUGCUGGGGAGAUCUUUAUUAUGGACAAGCAUGAAUCCCAAUCGUUUUCCACCUUCAAUUACACAAAUCUGGGUCUUCUCAUCUCACCGGGUGAAAGAUAUGAUGAACUGCGCUCCAUUGUGAUAGCCCGUGAUCCACCCACAGAGCAUAAAGUGCUGCCACGUCUGAUUCUUACGGAAGGAGCCGACAUACUUGCCUCCCUCAAUAAAGUACAAAAGUCAGCUGCUCUGCGGGCAUUGACCACAAAUUCGUAUCGACUCAUCAAAGGUUUGCCUGGCACUGGAAAAACACAAACUUUGGUCGCUCUGGUCCGUCUGCUUCAUCUUCUUGGACGCAGUGUGAUAGUCACAGCCCAAACCCAUUCGGCUGUGGAUAAUUUACUACUCCGCCUGAUGCCCUACAAUCUGCCAAUGAUAAGAUUGGGCUCCCGUUCUCGUCUACACCAUCAAUUGGAGUCGAUUAGUGAAUCCAAAUUGACGGCGGAUUGCAAGUCUGUUGAACAGUUAACAGCCGCUUUGGAGAAACCAUCCAUUGUGGGUGUCACUUGCCUGGGAGCCAAUCACCCGAUGUUCCAGCAUCGUCAAUUCGAUUAUUGCAUUGUGGAUGAGGCCACUCAAGUUCUCCAGCCGACAGUGUUGCGUGUAUUAAUGCAUUGCAAACGAUUCGUCCUUGUUGGCGAUCCUGAGCAGCUGCCUCCGAUCGUAAGAUCGCUGGAGGCCCGACAAAGAGGGGCCGACGAGACGCUCUUUCGCCGCUUGGAUAGUGGAGAGAAGACCACGGCUGUGCUGACCCUACAAUAUCGCAUGAAUCGAACCAUCACUCGUUUGGCCAAUCAAUUGACUUAUGGCCAGGCCCUUAAGUGUGCCGAUGAUCAGGUGGCCAAUGCCCGACUUCAGCUAAAAGUUUCUCUGCCCGUUGCAUCGAAAUGGGUUCAUCGUGCCCUUCAAAGCCACUUGGAACAGGCAGUCAUCCUAAUGGACACCCAGGAUUGCUCUGACCGUUGUCACGAAUAUGCCAAGGGUUCAAAGAAACUUGGCGAAACCUGCUCAUCCAUUGAACAACACUAUGGUGAGGGACAAAGCGAGGAUACGAAACGUUCCAAGCGUCGCCAAUCCAAAUACACAAACUACUGUGAGGCUGCCAUUGUGAUGCAUUUACUACGACAAUUGCUAGCGAUUGGCUAUGAUGCCAACCGACUUGGUGUCAUUGCUCCCUAUCGCGCCCAGGUCGAGUUGUUGCGCAAAUUGGGCAACGCCCUCGAUCAGAAUAUCGAAUUCAAUACUGUGGAUCAAUAUCAGGGCAGAGACAAGGAUCUCAUCAUCUAUAGUUGUGCCAAAACAGGCGCCAUUCCUCUCGAUGGCAAUGAGCAAAUGGAACGUAGUCGUGAAUCUGAAAUCCUUGAGGAUCAACGUCGUCUCACCGUGGCCAUCACUCGAGCCAAGCACAAGCUAAUCAUUCUUGGCGAUGUCAAAUGUCUGGAGCGCUAUGGCCCCUUCAAACGUCUCUUUGAGCACAUACCGGAUCGUUGUCGUCUCCAGUUGAUUGAGAAUCGCAUGGAUUUCAAUUGGAAGGCGUUGCUUGAUGAACUGGCCGAGCUAAUGGGCGCUUAAAUAAAAGUGAUUAUUGAUUGAUAUUAGAUUUAUUUAUUUAUAUA